AUGGCUGGAACGUCGGCGCAAUCAUCACCGGCAACGCCGGUCCGUGUGCCCGCGCUCGUCGAAUUCUGGCUCUGGCCGAAAAUCAUUUUCCAUUUCUGCUAUGCUCAUCAGAUCAACCUGCUGGUGAAGGGCACCAUUGCAUCGACGUGGCAGAUCACGGUCGCUCAGGCGCAUGACGUCGUGUCGAUGCUCAACCAAUCGACUGCCAAGUGGCUGCCCCGGCAGCGCGACUCGAUGAAAACUGUUUACGGCUAG